AUGUUCUCGUCCGCGUUCAAAUCCUUCACCUCGAAUAUAACAUCCAAUUAUGAACUGUCAAAACAUCCGAAUGCAACUGUAGGGGUAUGGACCAUUUUUGAUGCGAAGAAGAAGAACAGUGGCGCUCAAGCGUCGAUUUUCAUCUUUGACAGGAAAUCGCUGGAUGUCACCAGCAGUGGGUUUGGAGCACGUGCUACAAGCGCCACGUCGGUGCGCAAGAUUCAAGAUGAAGUAGUGGAACGUCUGAAGAAGGAAGCCAGCAGUCUGGCUCGUCUCCGGCAUCCCUCCAUUCUGCAACUGGUCGAACCCGUUGAGGAAACCCGCAGUGGAGGGCUGAUGUUUGCGACAGAGCCUGUCUUGUGCUCAUUAUCUGCCGCCCUGGCAAAGAAGGACCGGAAUGGCAAUGGGCCGGGUAGGGGCAUCUCGCGGUCCACGUCUAAUGAUGGAGCCAUCUCUAGAGCACAGCAAGACGUGGAAAUCGACGAAUUGGAAAUCCAGAAGGGGCUGCUGCAGGUCGCCAAAGGGCUGGAGUUCUUACACGACUCUGCUAAGCUUGUUCAUGGCAACCUGACUCCGGACGCCAUCAUGAUCAAUGCCAAGUCAGAUUGGAAGAUCUCCGGACUCGGGUUUGCCGGGCCGCCUGACGGAGCAGAAGGACAUCAAACCGUCCCUCAAAUUUCUCUCGCUGAAGUGCUCCACCAUGACUCGCGAAUCCCUCGAACAGUCCAAUUGGACCUCGAUUAUACUUCUCCCGAUUUCGUGCUCGACUCGAAUAUCAACUUCUUAGCCGACAUCUUCUCACUGGGCCUAGUUAUUCUUGCAUGCUACAGACAUCCGCACAGGUCGCCUAUUGAAACCCAUGGCAAUCAGUCAACGUACAAAAAGAUCUUCAGCAGCGUUUCCACUGUCCCAACCAGCGCUAACAGCUACCUAUGCGACGGCCCCUUACCGCGGGAGUUGAAUGUCACUUUGCCGAGAAUGUUAACUAGAAGACCGGCUCAGCGUAUGACCGCAAGCGAAUUCCAGCAAUCACAAUACUUCGACAAUAUUUUGGUGAACACCAUGAGGUUCUUGGACGCUUUCCCAGCUAAGACUCCUGCAGAGAAGUCACAAUUCAUGAAAGGCCUUGGUCGAGUCCUGCCUCAAUUUCCGCCUUCCGUACUUGGGAAGAAGAUCCUUAGUGUUCUACUUGACGAGAUGAAGGACCGAGACAUCCUACCCCUGGUCAUGCACAAUAUCUUCCAGAUAGUCAAAGUCGUUCCGUUCAGCAAAGAGGUUGUCUCGGACAAUAUCCUACCGCGAAUGAGAGAGGUAUUCUUGUCAAAAUCGAAAUCGGAAGAAAGGGAUGGCGGCAAAGAGGCUGCUUUACUGGCGGUUCUUCACAAUAUUCAACUCAUUGCCGACAACUGCUCUGCGAAGCAGUUCAAAGAUGAUGUCUUGCCCAUCGUUCAUGUGGCCAUGGAGUCAUCCACUCAUUCACUUACCGAUGCUGCUUUACAAACAUUACCGGCUGUUCUCCCAUUAAUCGACUUCUCAACAGUCAAACAUGAUCUCUUCCCAGUUGUGGCUAGCGUUUUCAGUAAGACCAACAGCUUGACCAUUAAGAUUCGAGGUCUUGAGGCGCUCGGUGUACUCUGCGGCGUCUCGCCCAACCAAACGGAAAACAACAUUGACGACUUUUCCGGAAAGGGCCGCCAAGAGAAGCAAGACAAGAAUGUUUCUAGUUUGGACAAGUUUACCAUGCAGGAGAAAAUCGUCCCCCUCUUGAAAGCUAUCAAAACAAAGGAGCCAGCAGUCAUGAUGGCGGCUCUGAAGGUGUUCCGACAGAUCGGUACCGUUGGCGACACUGAUUUCUUAGCCAUCGAAGUGAUGCCCAUCCUCUGGAAUUUUUCUCUUGGGCCCUUGCUUGACCUGUCCCAGUUCAGCGCGUUUAUGGAUGUCAUCAAAUCACUGUCGAGCAAAAUUGAGCGCGAACAGAUCCGUAAACUGCAAGAACUGUCUUCGAAUAGGGCUCUUGAGCCAAGGGCCGCGUCCUCGUCACACACGCAGAUUGGCAACGGUCUUCCUCAACCUAAUCAGGUCGCAGGUACAGAAGACGACUUUGAGAAGCUCGUGCUCGGAGAUAAGAAUACUGACAAGGUCGACGUCUUUGCAGGCGCUCUUUCUGAUGGGCAGAAGUUGACCCAAAAUCCGCCUUCCUUCUCCUGGGCUCCAGUAGAUGUCACCGCCAACCCGAAUCCAAUGGCGCAUCAAAUGCAUCCGUCAUUGCCUGUUCUUCAACCACAACCUCUAUCUCGCUCAAUCACUCCGGAUGUCGGCGCCUCGGUGUUUCCAAGUCUUCAACCUACCCAACCAUCCUCGGUCUCCAUUUGGGGGACAUCUUCACCUUCUCCUGUGCAUUUGCAGAAUCAGCAGCAGGUGCUGCAACCGUCGAGUUAUCUUUCUAAUCCUGUAAGCAGCAUCUCUCCGCCGACGGUGACAUCAAAUACGACUUGGCAGCUUCCGCCGCCUCCGGGACCGCAAGGGUCACCUAAUCCGGAAUUCACGCCUAUGAUAGCUCCGCCUCCUGCAGGUAACAGUCAGAGAAUCGUUUGGCCACAACCAAAUUACAAUAAUUUCGGGGCGUCCUCGCAGCCGGCGCCUAGAUUCAGCGCGUCCAUGAAUGUAUUACAACCGCAGAAGGCUCAGCAGCAAACGACCCAACAGCAGAAAACAGGUUUAGACAAGUACGAAUCUCUGCUCUGA